CAAGCCACACAACAAACAAGACAACAGAAGGGUGCAGGAAGUUCAUGAACCGAACGCAAAGUCAGGCUGGGGGCGCACAGCUGAGCUAAGGCCUCCGUCUGGUCCAGUGCUGGGGGUUCAGCUAGCGUGGGUGCCGGCGAUGUCUCCUGGCUGCAGGACCUUACCUGCUUGCGUCAUUGCUUGACACAGGCUCCUGCUGGACAGGAGAGACUCCAUUCUGCUCUCUACAGAUCUCUAAACGUGCCAUGUCUACUACAUGCCAGACAUAUAAUGAGAACUCAUGGGUCAGGAAACCAGGUCAUCAGCCAAGAAUGAGUUUGGAGAGAAGUUAUGAAAUGGUCAAGAAAAGUAAGCUUUUCACUUUCUGGAGAAGGAAGGAGGAGCCCCACAGCCCCUCCUCACACCUGCCCAUAGGCCAGGCCAGCACUCAUCACCCCACCCAGCCAGGCUACAACCUUCGAGAUAAGGAUUUAAAGAAACUUCACAAAGCUGCUUCAGUCGGGGAUUUGAAGAAGGUGAAGGAGUACCUUCAGCUCAAGAAAUAUGAUGUGAAUAUACGGGACAGAGAAUACAGAACACCUUUGCACCUGGCCUGUGCUAAUGGAUAUUCAAAUAUUGUAUCUCUCUUAAUUGAGAAGCAGUGCAAAAUAAAUGUCUGCGAUAGUGAAAACCGGUCUCCAUUGACUAAGGCCGUACAGUGUGCUAAGGAGGAUUGUGCUACUAUUCUUCUAGGCCAUGGCGCAGACCCAAAUCUGGCGGAUUUAGAUGGCAAUACUGCUCUCCAUUAUGCCGUCUGUGGCCAAAGUGUCUCAUUAGUUGAAAAAUUGCUUGAACACAAAGCUAAUCUUGAACAUCAAAAUAAGGAUGGGUAUACUCCACUGUUACUUGCCAUUACCGAAAAUAAUGCAAAAAUGGUAGAAUAUCUUCUGAAGAGAGGGGCAGAUGUGAAUGCUUCAGAUAAGAAUCAAAGAACAGCCCUUAUGAUUGCUCUAAGUGAUGAACCAACAAAUUUAGUCAGUCUUCUUCUUCAGCAAGAAGUGGACCUAUCUCGCCAAGAUAUUACGGAUUCACAGCUGAGGAAUAUGCUUCUUUCAAUGGUUUUACUGUAUAUCAUCAAUUAAUUGCCAGUUAUGGAAAGAAGAAGAAAGUUGAACAGACCUCUAACUCUGAAGAUACAACCUUGGGCACUACAUUUGAUAGAGAAGAACUGAAGGAAGUUAUGGAUGAGAGUUCUGAAGAAGACUCAUUAGCAG